ACAAGACCACAUCAAAUUCGGUUCCUGAUCAUCAAACAAAAACAAUGAGCAACAACAUUAAACCAACCGAAACCCUAAGCCUAGAAUCGGGUCUAUCAUUGGCACCCAGGUUCAAACUAAACCUAACCAUCCACCGGUCCGACGCAACAGUCAAACCACUAGACGAAUGGCAGCUCAAAACCUCACUAACCACUUUCAUCAAGUCAUCUUUUUCAGUCACUAUUCAGGAACAAGAUCUUAUUAUACGUAAAUACAAAGAUGUUAAGAAGCGAAAGAGAGAUGACCCAGUUGCACGUGGGUGUGUUUUUUUUCGUGAGCUGGGUUUUUUGAGUGGAAAUAAUGGUGGUGAUGAGGAAAAGAAGGUAAGUGAGUGGAAGAAAAAAGUGGUUGAGAAAAUGGAUGGAAUUGAGUUGAGUUUGGUUGGUGUUAAGUUUAAGUUGAGCGUCGAGGUUCCGAAAUCGGAUGAUUUCGAUGCAAUGAGGAAGGAGUGGGAAGAGGGUGAGAAUGCACUUAGUGGUGGUGAUAGAGGAUAUUCAAGGGGUAGAAAACGGGAACCUGACACAAUUGUGCUAAGAGGUGUUCCAUCACGUUGGUUUGCGGAGACAAGGGUUUCAUCUAAACCUUCAAUGUUGGUUACUCAUACAAUAUUUUCUGCUUUAGGAAAGAUAAGAAAUCUUGAUGUUUCCGAAGAUGAUGGCAUUGGUAAAGAUGCCGAUGAAGAAGCAGAAGAUAUAGUUCCUGGCCUCCAAUGUAAGAUUGUGGUUCGGUUUGAGGACCAUAAGGAGUUUUCUAAGGCCUUAAAAGUGUUAUGUGGGAGGUCAUUACAAAAGGAAGGAUCACGUUUAAAGGCUGAUUAUGAGGUCAGUUGGGAUAAGGACGGUAUAUUUAGUAGACGUCUAAUUGAAGAAAAUAGUAGGUCAAUACCAAAAGUAGCAACUGGUGGUUAUAGAAGCGAAGUUGGUAGAUAUGAGUCACGUGCGCCUCGUUUUUCUGAAAGUAACGCACGGUCAAAGAGGUUUAAGGAAUGACAAUGAAGGGCACAAACAUAAGCUUGGUUGCAUACUGCAGUUUGGUGACAGCUGCUUUUGUGUAUUUACACCAUAUGUAAUCAUUGAUGUAACGAUUGUCGGCAUAUCUUUGACUUUUUUCGAGAUUUGCUAAUUUUUUUCGAGAUAUCAGAACAAAUGUAAAGCAUUCAAUUCCAUCUAGUAACCUUUCACCUGCCUUUUCAAGGCAAGCAAUGCUAAA